AUGUGAGGAUUGGCCCGUGACUGGACGCAGACCCCCAGGGGUGUUCCAUAGAGUACGUCAGAAAAAGAAGACCAGAGAGGAAGUGGGGUGGUCACUGAUAUCUUCUUAACAGGUUGGAGGUCAUUGAGAGGCACAGCACUGUAAGGACAUGGUGAAGUCACAUGAUACCUGGAGGCGGGGCGGUAGUUCGUUUCAUGACGCAGAAAAAAACAUCGUGUGCUUACUGGCUACUUUUCUGAUGUGAGAACAUCCGGUAGAACUCCAUCAUGGAAGCGGCGUUAUGCGACUACCCAGAGGAGCCUCCCACCUCUGCUGUCCUCUUGGACAGCUGCCACUUCUCUCAAGUCAUCUUUACAAAUGUGGAGAAAUUCUACAUCCCUGGUGCAGAUGUAACAUGCCAUUACACCCUUUCUCAACAUAUCACACCACAGAGGAAGGACUGGGUGGGCAUCUUCAGGGUGGGAUGGAAGACGACCCGUGAAUACUACACUUUCAUGUGGGCACCUUUGCCAAGCAGCGAUUCCAACAGCAAUGUGCAGCAGCUGGUUUUUAAAGCCUACUACCUACCAUUGGAUGAUGAGUAUUAUCAGUUCUGUUACAUUGACCAGGAUGGGCAAGUCCGUGGAGCCAGCGUGCCCUUCCAGUUCCAUGCAGAGGCUGAGGAUGACAUGCUGGUGGUUACUACACAGGGUGAAGUAGAGGAGAUUGAGCAACAAAAUGCAGCUUUGCUUCAGGAAAACCAGAAACUGAAAGAAAAAGAAUCAACCUUGCAAAAGCAGAAUGACGAUCUACAGGAAAAGAUCAGGGCAGUUGAGGAAGAGAAAAGGGAGCUUGAGGAAAAAUUCCGUUUGCUACAGGCUGGGACCAUGGAGCUUCAGAGAGCACAGAAUCUGCAGGCUUUAGAGAAAAGCGCUGCUCAGACUGAGAUCACGGCUCUGACAGAAGAUAAUAGAAAACUGCAAAAGGAACAGGAGGAUCUUCAAAGAAGCUUGGAUACUUUAAGGAGCAGUUAUGAGAAACUCAGUUUGGAAGUAAAUCAUUUUAAAAAUCAAAUUACAGAUCUGGAAGCACAGAACAGCUCCACAGAGAAAGAAUUGCAGCUGAUCAAAGAAGAGAAAAAAAAUCUAUUACUAGAACAGGAACGACUGGAAAACAACCUGAAAACUACCCUGAGCAAUGUGGUUCAGCUUCAGUCAGAAGUGCAGAAUCAACAGAAAGAGGUGCAAAACCUGAAGGGGGCAGAUCAAGAGAAAGCAAAGCAACUUCAGCAGCUGAAGGAAGAGAAUCGUCAGUUAAAUAAUGCCUUGCUUAGACAGCAAAAUUUGGAGGAGGAACUGGAGGAGAAAACAUGUUUGCUUCAGACCCUGCAGAAGGAAAUUAAUGAAAAGGAAAAGGCAAAUCAGAAUUUAAUGCGGGAGAACAAAGGACUGAUGGCAUGCCUUCCCGAAAUGAUAGGUGAUGUACCUGCUGGGGUCCUAACCCAGUCAUCAGAAAAUUCUGGCCUUUUGUUUGGGAAUCCAUAUUCUGGUGAGCAUCCAGUUAGAAGGUUCAAAUCGGAUUAAAAACAUAUGGUGUUGUAUCUUAAUGUCCAGGGCAAAUAUUCUAUUUAGGAUUUUCAUUCACACAACUAAUGUUGCACAUGCAAUUGCACUAUUCAGUGAGGUCCGUGGCACAAAUCACUCACACAGCAGACACCUCACCAAAUUUAAAAAAGUGGGUGAUGGUAACAGUUCUGCUGUCAUUCUCAGCAUUCUGCCAUCUGAACCUUGGUUUGGCUAACAACCGGGCCACCUCUGCUCCUCAGAGCCUUAUGCUGGGGCCUUUGUUAGCUGUGCCUGGAGAUCUGUGGGAUUCAACUCCAGAUUUUCAACAUGCAAAGGAAGUGCUCUGUCCAUGAUCAGCAGCCCUUCUCUAAAGAAAGGGAACAGUAGAGAACAAGAUAAAUGCAGUAUGGAAAACAUUUUUUUCCAUGAAAAUCCUUUGCACUGGUUAUAUAUUUUAUUUGCCUGAUAUCUAGAAUAUUUUCAGUAGCACUACAAAAGGAAGUAGUAGAUGACAUUGCUAGCAUAUUAAAUUCUUUGGAUGAGGGCCUUAGCUUACUGGUUUUGCAUUAUACCUCACAACAGCAACACAUAUGCUGGAUGAACAGAAUAAAAUUCCACGUCAGAGCAUUCAGGAUACAGUGGUGACUCAACUUACAAACUUGGUUCUGGAAGAUGGUCGUAACUCGAAGUGGUCAUAAAUCAGGAUGGUUGUAAGUUGAGGCACUACUGUACCAUUAUCUGGCAAAUUUCCCUUAUUUCUGAAAAUAAACAAAAAACACAUUAUAGCUGACAGUGUGAAACAUACAUUGGGCAACAGAACUCUCUGUAAAAGAGGGCUUUGCGUUCAGCAUCAUAGUAAUCUUCCUAUGGUUACAUAGGAAGUAGGAGAAAGGGUAAUGGCUGAUCAAGAAUUAGUAGAUAGCUUGGAAAAUUAUUCCAGGAGAUUCAGCUGUUUUGGGGAUAAUAAGAGUAAUUCCAAAAGCGCUGAGGUCUUGUACAAGGUUGCCCUCUUACAUUUGAAGUACAAAGGCCUACUGGGCAGGAUAGAAGCAAACUAAUAAACCAGUCUUCUUAACCUGGGAUCCUCUACGUGCAUUAGACAUGUAGGGAUUGUGGUGUAAAAUCUGAUAAGGUUGGAAUAGCUUCCAAGUAGCUUUGGAUUUAAUUA